AUGGCUCCGGUUCCUCACUAUGUCAAGUCCGUUGCGCUGAAGAACACAACGUCGCAUCAUGUGAAAGUGGUGGCAACUUUUGGUUCGGAUGAGUUUGAGGCAAGUGGUAAGGCUAAGCUUAAAGAGAUACGCGAGUUGGCGCCAGGAGCAGAAACGACUAUUGAAGAGCACGAAUACGACAUGGACGGUUGGACUGCUACGGCAGCACUCUACUCGCUAGAAGUGGAACAUGCUACGGAUAGUGGAUUGCUAACGAAAUUGAACUACACGCCCAGUGUUGGCGGCAUCGUUGAUACGCUACACGUUGACAUUGGAUCGGAUGAAGGAGCCAAGAGUUUCAAAGUUGCAGCCGUGCGUGAAGCUUAA